AUGAUCCCCACUGGGGUACCCGGAAAAAUCGUUGGUCAGAUUGUCAAGGAGCCCAACUCCAACACUAAUGACACCUUCAAAUUUUGUACAUACGAUGGCAAAGAUUACAAUGUGGGUGAUACCUGGGAAAGUGGCUGUGACUACCGCUGCAGAUGCCUCGAAGACGCAGUCCAUUAUGAGUGUACUGAAAGGUGUAUCCGCUACCUCAAUGUACCCGGCUACUGUACCAUGGUGGUGGAUCCUGACGACUCGUGCUGCAGGAAGCCCUUGUGUCCCGAACUUCAGACCCUGCAGACACCCACGGGUACACCCACAGCAGGCCCUGAGCUGACUCCCACUGGCAACACCCCGUCCCUGGCGCCCGGCACUGGUCCCGUGCCCACCAGCAACACUCGGGUGACCCCUGCCCCCAAGCCUACUACCUUUCACCUGUCCCCAGAUGUCCCAAGUACACCAACAUCCCCAGCGAAUGUCAGAUGGUGGCAAGUCCAGUCGACCCGUCGUGUUGCGAAGUACCACAAUGCUUGCCUACCCCAGGACCCAACGGGUACCCGACGCCGCAACCCGGAGUUGUUUCAUGGCCUACCCCUACGGUCUACACGAACCCCCAGGGGUCAUCACAGGCAUUGCUCCCACCCCUACGACUGCCCCAGGGCAGGCAACACCUACCUCGAGCUGGCUGCUUGUACAAUGGCCGAGAAUACAGACAGGGUAUCCAGUGGCAAGACGGCUGCCACUUACAACUGUAUCUGUCUAGAUGAGACUACAGGGUACUACGAAUGUAAGGAGAGAUGUCCUACCUACCCUCUGGUGCCAAGUCAGUGCGAGCUGAUCCCCAAUCCCACGGAUUUCUGCUGCAAUCAGCUUGUUUGUGACUGGUCCAAACCCACACCGAAUCCGAUGGUAGCACCAACGUCUGUUGGGACUCUGGUACCCAACCCAAACCUUCAUACCACUGUGUCACCACCACCUGGAGAGCACACCAUCGAGACCCCUGUCACGGGGCCCACCCCGACGAACUCCGUGUACAACCCACCUACUCUGGCACCGGAAUUCACGUUCUGCGUGUACAAUGGCGUCCCGUACAGACAAGGACAGAGGUGGUACGUGGGAUGCGAGAAAGAAUGCGUCUGCGACGACAGCACCCGCAACUACUACACCUGCACGGACAGGUGUCCAAGCUACGCCAAUCUUGGACCACAAUGUACUUUGACCGUGAACCCCAGUGAUGCAUGUUGUCGCGUGCCUGAGUGCUAUGCUGUGCCCACCCUAGCACCAGGGGUCACCCCACCUCAGAACCCCAACGGCAACCCGACACCCGAACCCGUAAAAAUACCAACUGGUAUACCAGGAAUCAUCACAGGACAACCCAACACACCAACAACUGAAAAGGAGGGAUGCAUGCGAGCCGGCGUCCACUACAAGCCGGGUGAGACGUGGCAGGAAGGAUGUUCGUACAACUGCGAGUGUGUGGACAAGACUGGACGCUUCAAGUGCACAGAGAGGUGCGUGCCCUACCCCAACAUCCCUGCUUACUGCGUCAUGAUAGUGGACCCCACAGACAAGUGCUGCACCGUGCCUGACUGUCCAGGACUGACAGUUGUCUCUACUCCUUCGCCACUUCCGGGUGUUUCUACCCAGGCUCCACUUCCUGGCGUUUCUACCAAGGCUCCAGUUCCUGGAGUUUCUACCAAGGCUCCAGUUCCUGGAGUUUCCACCCAGGCGCCUAUUCCAGGCAUUUCUACCCAGGCUCCAGUUCCUAGCGUAUCCACCGAGGCACCCAAUCCUUUUCCUAAAGAAGUGUGUGUCUUCGGCGGCAAGGUGUACACUCAAGGACAGCAGUGGUACUCGGGUUGCGAAAAGUUCUGCGUCUGUGAGGAUGCCAAGAUAGGUUUCUACAGGUGUUCAGACAGGUGUGCUCACUUCGAUGACCUUUCACCUGACUGCAAGCUGGUUCCGGACCCCCGUGACCCCAGCUGCUGUGUGCAGCCGCAGUGUGGAGGUGUAGUGUCAACGGUGUCUACGGUGUGAUCAACGGGACUGGCAAGGUCACCACACCCAACCCUUUGCCAGUUGGGUCUACCAUCUCACCAGUACCCGGAGCUUCCACUACAAAUCGCCCACCCCUGGCUCCAUUCUGUUCACGCCGUCGCCUCCGACUAAUGUGUGUUCCUACAAGGGACGUACAUAUACCCAGGGUCAAAGGUGGCAAGAUGGCUGCGACUUUGUCUGCGAGUGUAUCAACGGCAUGGAGGGUCAAUAUCGUUGUACCGACAGAUGUCCUCGCUAUCCCCAAUGAUCGCAUCCUCUGCGCCAUGGUGCCUGACCCCGCCGACCCCUGCUGCACCAUCCCCAACUGCCAGAGCACCACACCGCUCAGCCCGCAGGCUCAGUCCACCAUCAGCCCCCCUCUCAACCCAACAGCCACCCCGAUUUCUGUACCCGGACUGUACACACCCUUCCCGACUCUCCACCCGACACUCGUACCCGGAUUGCAGUUCUGUGUGUACAAGGGCAUCCCCUACAGCCAUGGACAGACUUGGAAUGAUGGUUGUGACAAGACCUGUCGUUGUGAGGACGUGGUCACUGGUCAAGUCAACUGUGACGAGAGGUGUGCCAGUUUCCCUCAAGUUCCAGCCAACUGUCAGCUGGUCACUGACCCCAACGACGCUUGUUGUCGGGUGCCACAGUGCAGGACUGACAAUGGCACUGUUGUCAUGACAGGCGUUCGCGCAUCAUCACCGGCUCGUCUCUGCCCACUAAUUACCAGGGAUCAUUAACCAGGAACAAUGUGUGCAUCUACCAUGGACACACCUACAACCUGGGUGACGUGUGGGACGACGGCUGCACUUACACCUGUACCUGCGUCGACAGCUUCUCUGGAAAAUACAUGUGCACAGACAAGUGUCCCAGGUCGCCAGCACUACUGCCACCAACGUGUAUGAUGGUUCAAGACCCCGACAACAAGUGCUGCCAGAAGCCUUACUGCCUGCCUAUCGUAGAACCAACUGCCAGACCAGACAUCACCCCCUCUUCUGGGACCGUGCCAAGCGAAGCCACCCUCUCUCCCAGUGCUACUCCCACCCAGAACCCACCCCCUCACCAAAGGAGAGGUGUGUGUACGGCGGACAGUUGUACCGACAGGGCCAGGUGUGGUACGACGGGUGCAACGCCGUGUGUCGAUGUGAGAACGAAGCUACGGGAGCCUACAGCUGCCAAGAAAGAUGCCCGCUGUAUAGUCCACAACCCGGCUGCAUC